GUUGGGCCACACUCGUUCUAUACUCGUUGGAUCGUCUCCGCGACAGGCCGCCCCCCGCUCGGAGCACUGUACACACGCCGUUUUCAGUAUUGCCGCGUAAUACAUUGCACCAGGUCGCUUUCUGCCCGUCGACGCCGCUCCACCAGGCGCACGUGUUAUCUACGACGACUAUAAUAUUAUCUUCACAGUGUCACUGUCGUUGUCGCUUGUAAUACCAUCGACGUUUGCGAUUCUUCUUGGGAAAUGGAAAACGUCCUCGUCCACAGAGACGAUUUGUCGGCGUAAGACGAUAUAAUAACACCUCAUAAGUAUAUGAUAUACAUCGUUUCGGUGUAGUGCGAUUGCGAUCGACUUAAAAAAAAAUUUAAAUAAUAUUCAAAAUUUAAAAGAGACAAAUACAAACCGUUUUCACCACCACCACCGCCGCCACCGCCGCCGUGAGCGUUCCCCCUUCGCGUUUCCCCUUCCCCGAUCGCGACUUUUUUCGACACCUCCCCGUUUUUUUGUUUUUUUUUCCUCGUGUUUUUUUAUUUUUUUUUCACUAUUAAACGUUUUCCGUUUGAUUUUCACAUCGCGUACGCCCGUCGGUACUUAUAAUAUAGAAACAUUGCCGUAACAUCUCGCGCGCGCGUGUGUAUAUCACUACUACCUUAAACGCCGUCACUCCGAUCCACUACAUCAGUGCUGAACACACCGAUUGCAAACACUGCGACACCGCGAAAAUACAUACGUCAUAAGAUUCGGUAUCUGAUUUAUGUAUGGUAAAGAAUUACCGCAAGUCGACGUUCAAAAGAUCUAAAACUGCCCAAAGAGUCGUCACCGAGAUGGAUCAACCAGCCGCAGCUGAGAUGCAGACAAUGUGGAAAUCGAGGAAACUUUGGACGUCCAUUCUGCUGUUCGUGUUGCUGUUCAUCACACCAGGUUUUGCUUCGCCCAAGAGACCCACUCAAAAUCCGGAACCGGAUACCUUGCCAACGUUCGGUUCCCAAGGAAGAAGGUUCAGAGUGGUCACGAAUGACACCGUUGUCCUUCCGUGCGACGUAAUCAAUCCGGGAGUAUACAUUUUAGCGUGGAAAAAAGGAAUUGCGGUACUAACAGCGGGAAGCACUAAGGUGUCUCCAGACGAAAGGAUACGUCUAGUGGACGGCAAUAACCUGGAAAUCCGCGAUAUUCAAACGAACGACGCAGGAAAUUACGUGUGCCAAAUAGCAACUUUGAAACCCAGGGAGAUAUCGCACACCGUCGAGAUAUUAGUUCCAUCGCGAAUUAAGUCGGUUACAUCUGGAGGAAAUAUUGACACUAAAAAGGACUCUUUGAUCAAAUUGAACUGCGAAGCUGACGGAAAUCCUGUUCCCAAUAUAACAUGGACAAGAAAAAACAACGUGCUUCCGAAUGGCGAGAGAAACGCGACUGGCGACACAUACAUAAUUCAAUCGGCCACUCGUCACGAUGCCGGUCAGUACAUAUGUACUGCUUAUAACGACGUCGGACAACCAGCUGAACAAACUAUUACGGUUAACAUUCUGUAUCCUCCGGAGAUUGAAGUCGAACGUGUAUGGGUUCAUUCUGGUGAAGGAAACGAAGCACUGCUAGUUUGCAUAGUCAACGCUGAACCACACGCCGAGGUGUCUUGGUAUAGAGAUACAUUGAAGUUAGACACAAACGAACGUCGCAUAACUGAAGUCAGAGGAAGCAGACAUACCCUCAUAGUGAGAAAAGUGCAGGCGAGUGAUUUUGGAAAUUACAGCUGCGUGGCCGAUAACGUCGUCGGAAAAAGCAGAGCUUAUGUCGAACUUUCGGGAAAACCAAAUCCCGUAAAAAUAAACAGCAACAAGAACGGACGGCACCAGAAUAAUUACAACAUAUCUUGGUCGGUAGACAGCUACACUCCCAUCGAAGAAUUUAAACUAUUCUACAGAAAAGUUCCGCUUCCGGACGAGUCUCCCGCAGACACGCGGACUCAAGGCCAAUGGCCAAAGAAGCCGCCUACUCGAAACGACAACGAGGGAUACGCCAGCAGUCCGAUUUACGGCUACAACAGCAUGCGGAACGAAUGGAACGACGUGAUCCUCCCGGCCGUUCCCAGCGAACAAUUCACUCACCGCAUGGCAUACAACAUCCGCGGAUUGGACACCGCUUCUGAAUACGAGGCCAAAGUCAUGGCCAAGAACCGAUUCGGCUGGACCCCGAUGUCCGAUGUAUUUAAAUUCGUCACCUCCGCCACACCAGAAGCCGAAUCGAAUCCAAAAUAUCAAGCAUCCUAUGGUAUUUCAAUGACAUCAAAUGCCGAAGCCCGUGACCUUGGCUCCACAUCUUCAUACAAUGGAUUCACCAAACGCAGUUACAACGUCAUCAUAUUCGUCGUUUUCAACACCCUGUACUUUGCAUACAACACCAUUGUUUAAGUCCCUAAAAAAAAACUCGUAACCAUCGAAGCAGUGGCAUGAAUAUUGUAAAACAGGGCGAGCAAAAAAAUCCACAAGGGGUAUUGCAUCUUUUUUAACUUAACUUUACACAUUAUUUUCCUAAAAGCCAUCUCAUCAUUAUCUGAAUUGGGUAUUUUUUUUUUCUCUACAUGUCAAAAAAUUGGGGGGGAGGGGAAAAGGCGAAUGGAUCUGCCACUGCUUUUACGUUGUGAUUAAACAGUAAACGAUAGGUACCUAAAUAAUUUAUCACCCACAGAAACAAAGACACCUUAUUAGAGCGACAUAAACCUUCCAAUCUAAACGUACACGUUUAAAAUUCUCCCCGAGUUUCGAUCACUUCCACAGUCAAAAAAUUAUAAAAAUAAAAUACACGAUUUAAUUUGAAUUGCAAAAUAUUAAGUACCCGAUAGAUUAGAAUAUUUAACAAUCCACUCAGUAAAAAAUGGGCAUUAUUCGAAAAAAAAAAAAACAUUUUAAUUUUAAACUAUAAUAACAAACACAUACAUUUAUUUCUAGUCUUUGUAGUAUUGAGUUAUUGUCAAAUAUUUCAGAGGAGUCGAUUAAAUUAUAAAAUAUAUACAGUUUCUUAUUCUAAAGAAAUUAGGUAGCGUAUCCGAAUCACUGUUAAAUGUCCCAACCUAAUUUUCUAACUUUUAUUUAAAAAAAAACAAAAAAAAAACACUUAUAACACUAUCGGUUUCCAAUCAUAUACAGAUAAUAAAUAUGAUAUUUUUCCUAUAGAAUUAUUUAAUCCACUUACGUUAUGCAUUUAUGCCCACUUUAGUAUAACGAUGAUGUGCGAGUCAUAAUGUUGACCUCAAAAAAAAAAAAAAAAAAUUAAAAAUAAACAAAAAAAAAUAAAUAUCGUUUGCAUCAGAAAAACAAAACUGUGUAGUGUGAUUCUCGUUAGUGAUAUUUUCAAUGAAAUAUUAAAAACACGAUGAAUUUAUAUACUUACGUACUUCAAUAUUUGUUGAAAUUAUAUGAUAUGCAAUUUAAAGCCAACUUUCACAAUUACAUUAUUUCGAGUUAUCAAUACAGUUAAACAGUAAAUUGAUGAAUACAUUAUUAACAUAAUUUACAGAAUACACGGCUACUUAAAAAUGCAUUUUCUUCAAGUUAAUUAAAAAAAAAAAAAAAAAAAUUAUAAUUUGAACAAAUAUUAGAAAACCGUGCCAAAUUAUCCAAAAACUAAGUUCUCGGAUAAACAGAGAACAAUAUUUGUUUCCCUUCAUCGCUGUGUUUUAAUAAAGUUAAUGUUAAUAAUAUUAUUCGGUAUGAUAUAUAAUAUCCUUAUUAACUAUAAAAAUUUAGAUGUUUAAAUUUAUAAAUGUACGUGUGUGGUAGCUGUUUUAUUUCCCUCGUGAUUUGACAUAAAAUUUAUGCGUCACCGUCUUGCAGAAAACAUAACGAUACAAUUUUGGACCGCUUUUCAACAUACAUACACAUGAUACACAAAACGUUAUUUCUACCACGUGACCUAUUCAAUUUUGAUUAAGACGUUGUUGUUUCGCGGUAACUUGAAUCGAAUUAUGAAACGAAUAUAUCGAUAUUAUUUCUAUAAGCGUCGAGGUCCAUGAGAUGACGUUAGAAUGCCAUCAUAAUAAAAUCUAAACUUUGCAGUAUGUUUCGCAUCAAAUUGUUUCGAACAUAAUAUUACAAUAAUAAUAAUAAUAUACCCAUAACUAUUUUAUACAUUUUAAAUUAGUUUUAAGGAUUUGCACUUCAUGGACAGUAUAUAAUAAUAUUAAGUACACACAUUAUUAUUAUAUUGUUCACGGAUAUUAUACUAUACAUAUGAUCAUCAUUAUCACAUAAGUAUUAUUUUAGGAUUAUAAUAGAUAUGACGGUAGUCUAAACUAGUGCUUUAGUUGUUUUGUAAAUACGUAUAGGAACUUUGUAUGUACUCUAUCGUCGAUGGCCCAAGUAUUUUACGAGUGUAUACGACACAAAGAACGCGUUUAAUUCGUGACGAGGACAUUGAUAAAUUAUGGCCUGUAAUCGGCUUUUCACUGGCGUCUACCUAUAUCAACCGCACUGCUCGAACGGAAUGUGGCCACAUCGACAUUUGAAUGCGUACCUAAUUUUAAAUUUUUUUCGACGAGUUAAACACUCUAUACUAUGUGUUUAUGGACAUCCGAUCGGUAUCGUUAACAUUGGCACUGAUCGUGAUUUCGAAAUAAUUUUAUUUGUAUAAUAUCUACAAAAUAUUAUACAAUUAUAAUAUUAAAUAAAUCACGAGAUAAAACGGGUUUGAUAAACGUUGAAAACGAAUUAAACAAUUAGGCGGUUCGAGUUUGCACGAGCUCGUGAAAAUUGUAAUGCGUUUGGGGCAACGGUUAUAAAAACAUCGUAAUGUAUUUGGGUAAUCUUUUUUGAUAAUACGUAAUAACAUGGUGUACGUGUUUGGAAAAUAUUUUACCGAUGCACUUUCUCCGUCAUUUUAACAACAGACUUAAUACUGUACACGAACUACUUUUGAUAUGAUCAAAACUUCAAUAACAAAAACAAAAUUAUUCAAAAUCAAAAAUCAACCUUAAAAAUCUUCUAAAAAAAUUUUCUUUAAACUAAAAAUCACAUACUAAAAAUCCUACUUCAAAAGAUUAUACAAUUUUCUUGAUUUUAAUAUCGUGAAAAACUAUAUUAUUUGUUUUAAUUCGGGUUUGUCGAAUUCAUAUUUACACGUCGUUAUAAUAUACCAAAUAGGUACCCGGACGACAACGCAAACAUAAUUUGCCUUUGCGUUUCAAAUCGUGAAACACAGGCGAAAUAUUUUGUUCGUUAAAAUACAUUUUACAACCGUUUUCCGAAUAUUCCUCUUGUCGCGACACAUUGUAUAUUAUCAUACUCGCUCAAGCACAUUACUAUAAUAUCUCGACUAUAAUAUCUCAUUGCGUGCGCCCUUCAUCUUAUGCGGGUAAAAAGACGAUUCGCCCAAACGCAUUACGCUUAAAUAAAAUAAUAAAAUAUUAUAGCCUACUACUGUGCAUCAAGGAAAAAAACUGUUGUUUAAUGAUUAGGUACGUCAUGAUAAUCAUUUGAAUUCUUUGAAAACGAGAUUUUUGUGAGGUGUCUGGAGGGGGUUUCGCGUCACCUUAAAUCAGAGUAUGUUGAAUGAUAUUAUUUAAGUUGUUACAAUUUUAUAAGUCAUUAAUAUUAUAUUGUGUUACAAUAGUUUCGUAAAUAAUUAUACGUCUUAUUCAAUUUUAAAAUAUAAUUAGUGUGUUGAUGUUUUAAAUGUUAAAUUAUAUAAUUAUUAUGAGUAUAUUAUACACAUUAUUAUUAUAAAUGUUAUUCUUAUAAUUAUUAAUUAAAUUAAAUAUUAAAUUAUAACAUGUUAAAAGUAGAAUAUUAUACUUCAUAAUACUUAUACAUUUCGAAACACACAUAGGUCAAACCUGUUCAGAAAUAAUAUUUACGACUUUUUGUUAAACGACAAAUUGUAUUUAAAAAAAGACUAUAACACACAAAUAAAUUAUAACACAUUCUUUGUUAAUUUAUGUGUUUAAUUCAAAUGGCAGAAUAUAAUUUAUAACUAUUUUAAAUAUAACAAAUACAUCUAAAAAUGAUUAUGAAAUACAAUAAACAAAGUUACAUAAUUAUCCACGUUAUAUCCAAAUAUUUUUACAAUUUAAGUAAACAUGGAAAUAAUAUUUUAUUGAAAAUUGUCUAUGUCCAUAGUGUUAGAAGCAUAUUAUUAUACUUACUAUAAACGAAAAAAAAAUAUACAUUAUGUCUAAAUAUUAGAAUUAAGGAACUAUUGAAUAUUUUUUAUUAAACUAUCUAUCCCCCUCCUAUAUUAUAUAUUUCUCGUUAAACAAUAAAUUCUUCAUGAUUCGUUCGUAGUUUUUUAAUUUUUAAUUUAUAUAAUAUACUUAUAUUUUAAUAUAAUGAAAACGAUUUCGUUAUAUAUUAUAUGUGCAUUUUACUUUUUAUUUUUUAAAUCUAUGGACAUUUUUAAUAACAUAAUAAUACAUUAUAUUAAGUAUUAUAAUAUUAGUGGUAUAAUCAUUAUUAUUAUUAUUAUUAUUAUUAUUUUUUUUUUUUUUUUUUUAUCUAUGUGUACCUAAAGACUUUUUGUUGUUAAUGUAAUAACUAUUACUGCUACUUCUUUUAUUAUAAUAUGUAUUUUUUUUUUAUUUUUAUUAUUAUUAUUAUUAUUAUUAUUAAUUUUUAAGAAUACCUAGUGAAUAGUCAAAUACAAUAGAAGUAGGUAAUGUGUAAAUAAUAGUUACCUACCUACUUAGUAGUUACAUAUUAAUAUUUAAGGCUAUUAAAUGAUAGUUCUUAACCUAUAAUAUUAUGAUAUAAUUGAUAAAAUAUUAUUGAAUAAAUCUAUCAGAGUGAAUA